CAACACUGAAAAGUGUUAUUUUCGUUUUGCCAACAGUGUCAGUGCGUGUGACAUGUUCCUCGUGCUUUCAACGACAGUGAUAAUUAUUUCUCGAUUUCAAAUAUUUUGAAUCGAAGUUUGUGAGUUCCUUCGACGACUUUCGUCCUCAACGUUAUCCUCAAAGUUUCUCAACGUUGCAAAAAGUUCUCCACAAGAGAAUGUCCAGAAAAUAGGCAGGGUUGCGGGCAGUUCAGACAUGGGAAGUGAGCAUUACUGCCUGAGGUGGAACAAUCAUCAGAGCAACUUGCUGGGUGUGUUCAGUCAUCUUCUAGAGACGGAAUCGCUGGUUGACGUGACGCUGGCGUGCACGGAGGGACCGUCUAUCCGUGCCCACAAGGUCGUCCUCUCCGCGUGCUCCAGCUACUUCCAAGCCUUGUUCCUCGACCACCCCACUCGCCACCCCAUCGUCAUCCUCAAGGACGUCCGCUUUUCCGAGCUGCGUACUCUGGUUGACUUCAUGUACAAGGGGGAGGUGAACGUUGAGUACUGUCAAUUGUCAGCCCUUCUCAAGACCGCGGAGAGCCUCAAAGUCAAAGGUCUAGCAGAUAUGACAAACAUCAAUGCGGCUGUGGCGUCUCGGGAGGAGCAGCAUACGAGUUCGGAAGGAAUUCGGGAUCGGGAGCAUAGGGAAAGAGACAAAGACAAGGAGCGGGAAAGAGAGCCGGCAAAAGAAUGCGAACAACCUCAAGACUCUAGACCACCUAGUGAACCUGUGGAAGCUGUGAACAUAACCGAUUGUCCGUCAUCCCCUGCAGGUCCAGCGAGUCCCUGUCGAGGUCCCUUGGCCCUCGACAGACCUAGGAGAGAUUCCGAAGGCGCAGCUAGUUUAGAAGAAACAAGAGGUUCCCUUAGUCCAAUUUCCGUACACAGUGGCCCUAGCGACAUGAGUCUCAGUAAUAAUAACAGCGUGAUAGGAGCGCUACCCUUAAAUUUACCACAGAGUCGGCUUCCGUCCCCGCACAGUACAGAGCCUUUAGCAGGACCAUCGGGGUUACCCCCGGUUCAACAAGUUCCGCUCGAAAAAUGUUUUCAGUCCUUAAAAAAGGAAGUGGACUGGGACAGGUCGACGGAGGAACGUAGUGCGAGCAGUGAAAUAUCCACGGACUACAGACUUCCCCCAGAUCCGGUUUCUCUAGCUCUGGGACUAGACGCGAGUAGCUGGAAUGCACUAGUGGAGCGAACAGCCGCAGGAAACGGUGUACCUGGAGCUGACGGAUCAUCCCUUCUCUCCGGAGGGUUUGCCGGAAUCGCAGGUCUAGCCCGAAGGUGUGGAGUGUGCCUCGCAACUUUCCCCACAGCUUUUCUCCUGCAAAGGCAUGCCGUUCUACAGCACGCUGGUCCUCCGGGAGACGAUAAACCCUUCACCUGCGAACAAUGUGGACAACGUUACCGCUAUCGAUCCGCCUACGUCAAGCACCGAGAACAAAACCACCGAGCUCGUCUUCCUGCUGACAAGCUCUUCACCUGCGACGUCUGCGGUAUGCAAUUCAGGUAUCUUAAAUCCUUUAAGAAACAUAGGUUAAAUCACGCACUUGAGCGUCUUCAGAGAACACCAGAGUCGUUAAGAACAUCCGCUGCUGAAAGAAGUGACCAAGUCUCCAGCACUGGAGAACCUCUCCAAAUGGAAACUGGAAGUGAUUCCAGUCCAGUCAACGUGGAAGACCUGUCAGCGGAAAAUUCAGAAAACACCUGUAGAGAAGAAAUCGUUUCAGAAACAGCUUGUGUUCAGGAGAAUCCCGAAAUUACUGAUACCAUCGCAGGCAAUGGAGCCAGCGAACCUGGAGAACCAGAUGAUGGUGGCCUUGAUGAUGAGGUUCGAAGAGAACCCAUGGAAGCCACUGUCAGUGUUUCCAGGACUCACGAAUCCGAUAGAAGGGAGCGAAGAUUUGCCUGUCCAUUUUGUGGAAAAUGUGUCAGGUCCAAGGAAAACUUGAAACUUCACGUCCGAAAACACACUGGAGAAAGACCCUUUGUUUGCCUUUUCUGCGCGAGGGCAUUCGGAGGCAAGAGUGAUCUCACCAGACAUCUACGUAUUCACACCGGUGAACGUCCCUACCACUGCGAGAUGUGCGGAAAAUGUUUCGCUCGCGCGGAUUAUUUAUCCAAGCACCUCACAACCCACAUCCAUCAACGCUAAUCCAGGCAGAAAUCCGACAAUCUCCUUCGUUCCUCCUUUCCAUUUCUUCCGAACGCUCCAGCUUUUCCUGCUAUCAGCACGAAGAAAACGCUUCCGUUGAGACUUCCCAGCUCGAAUAUGAUAUUUCUCAGUCGAUCGAUAAAUGGAAUAAUCAGGAGUGAAUAGGAUUGUUGGAUUUCGAGGCUCUUAGUAGGGUGGGUUGAUUUUUGAAAUAUUAAUGCUUUCCAACAAAAGAUACUAAAGAUUUUAAAGUCUUUUACUUAAAACUUAGAUGUUCAUACGAUUGUUGAGACUAACCAUUUCUCUGAAAGAAAUUCUUCUCCAGAGCCUCGGAAAUAAAUUAGUUACUACCUUGUCAAACCUGGUGAGAAAUUCUGCUAUUUUAUCUUUGGAUUUCUCAUCUUUCACGACAAACAUAUUAAAUCGAGAGGAAAAUCACUUUAGCCGAGCUGGUAAUUCUCCAUCGAUUAGAGCGCGGAUCGCGUUUAUUUAGAAACAGCGGAGAAAAAUAUUAAGAGAAAAAAAAA